CAGACUUUGUGGGUCAUUUCUACUUUGUCACAGGCAUUGGAUUUUGAUGGCUGAAUAUGGACCUCGAUUGUAUAGCUGCUGCAAAUGUCGAAAUCAUAUUGCACUUCAUGAUGAUAUUAUUUCCAAGGCUUUCCAGGGAAGAAACGGACGAGCCUUCUUGUUCUCACAUGUGAUCAACAUUACUGUUGGGCGCAAAGAAGACAGGAACCUCAUGACAGGGCUGCACACAGUUGCUGAUAUAUCUUGUGCUGAUUGCUGUGAGGUCCUGGGCUGGAAGUAUGAAAGAGCUUAUGAACCUACGCAGAAGUACAAGGAGGGGAAGUUCAUACUUGAGAAGUUGAAAAUUGUCAUCGAAAACUGGUAAAGCUCGUGUCCCUGUCGAAUGCUUUCGUUGCUUGUCACUGGACCAGAAGUUCUUGGUUUGGAUAAUAAAAUUGUUUUAUACUUGAAGCAAAUCCCCAGUCUGAUCCUUGUACUGAACUAGUAUAAUGGUGUGAAUUUGUUUAUAUCUGGAACCUGGGGGUGAUCGGGAUAGACUUGGAUUCCCCAAAAGAAAAGCGCGAAAUUUGUAUAAGACCCUGAUUGUAUUCAACUGUACAUAUAUAUGAUUAUUCUGGUAAUUCUUGUACAAGGCUCAUGUGAUUUCUUAAGUUAUACAAAGUGUUGUAUAUGUCAUCGCGGUUUUUGUGAGA